AUGUUUGUGCUGAAGGUGUGCCAGAUUCCACCUGUCUGAAUUACCUGAGUGGGCGGGUAACACACAGCAACUUCCUGAGAUUCUGGCAAAGGGCUGUAGCUGCAAGCCGACAUAAAGCAGGUAACAUAAUCCUUUAAUAACCUCAGUAGGACUCCAGUGUACAGCAGAGUUAACACAACGACGCACAAAGGAACUACUGCUAGCACAAUAUACGCAAAACACUGCAGGUUACAGUAAGAGCACGGCAGAUCCCUAAGGUGUAGAAAUGUCCCACUGCCUCAUCCUGCCGCUACUGCUGCUGCUUCAGGGGUUUACCCCAUGGACUCAUGGAUUUACACUCUGUGGAUGGAGGAAUCAGUUUUCUGGAGGAGGGAUUCUUCAGUAUGAAGGCAAUUCCAGCCAUGAUGAUUCUAUAACUGUGGAGAACCGUUUGGAUGGUUUGAUUGUGCAAUCUGCCCUUUUGCCCUCCAAAAACAUCACCCUGAAGGACCUUCAUGGGCCCUAUGUUUUUUGUGUGCGUUGGUUCCCCAGUCUCAAGACCUUUAUGCUAACUUAUGGGCUUCAGAAUUAUACGUGGAGAGUUUCACAUAGAUCUAGUGCAACAAAUCAAACUACAAGGGUGGUCCAAGAAGAAAAGUGUCCGAUAAAUACUUCUUUCAUCAACUUGACAGUCAAUGGGUAUCCAAUUAACAGCUCUUGUCGCUUCCACUUCAAACCCGAAGAAUGGAGUAAUGAUGCUAAGUUUGUAGGACGUGAGAUAGCAGAAGUUGGUCGAUAUCUGAGAGAUGUGCCUGUUGAUGCCAAGAAAGCUCAAAGUCUCCGCAAAUGGAUUGAUAACACCCUCUCGCAGGUGCAGUUUGAGGGUCACAGUCGCCACUUUGGGAAUAGUCUUAUACGGGCCUCUGUCUUCAAAGUAGAGUCUGCAGACAUGCUUAAUUCCAUCCCUCAGGAGACAGGGAUUUCAGUGUCGCUUCCAAAGGAGCUUGUACAGAGCAAAAGCAGCAGCCAACCCACACGUCUCCAUGUGGUCAGGAUCCACAACCUCUCUCUGUUCCAGGAUGCAGAUAAUAGUUCUGUGUUAAGCAACCAAAUCAUUGGAAUCAGUGUUGAGAACAGGAAGAUCGUCAAUCUGACUGAAAACAUUGUGUUUACUUUCCAGCAUCGGCCAGUGGAGGAAAACUUCACUUCAGUCUGCGUCUUCUGGAAUGAGUCUGGGUCAGCUUGGAGCACCGAUGGCUGUAAAACAGAAGCUGGGAAGCACACGACAAAAUGCAAAUGUAACCACCUGACAUACUUUGCUGUGUUGAUGCAAGUCUCCAGCCAGACAAUAUCCGAGGAUCACCUUGUGGCAUUGUCAGCCAUCACAUUUGCAGGGUGCAGCAUAUCUGCUUUGGCCGCUCUCUUCACCGUGACCUGGUACCUCUGCAGCAGAAAAAUUCAGUCAAAUCCAACUCUUCAGAUCCACAUGAACCUGUUGGGCGCUUUGUUCCUUUUGGACAUGUUUUUCAUGUGCAGUGCAGUGUUAGGUGCAUUGCAGAUGCCUGCUCUGUGCCAGGGCUCUGCCAUCUUGCUUCACAGUGCCCAGCUUUGCACUUUUACAUGGAUGGCAAUUGAAGGAUUUAAUCUGUACCGACUGGUGGUUAAAGUAUUUAAUUCAUCCUCUAUAAGUGUGAGGAAGCUAGUUCUGCUGGGCUGGGUGGCUCCCUUACUAAUUGUAGUUGUCAUUGCUCUGGUGGAUUACAGCAAUUAUGGGAUGUAUAACGUAGCAGUGAACCGGACUUCAUCCAAUGUCACUGCCUCUUUAUGCUGGCUGACCAAUCCUGUUAUUCACCAAGUACUGAACCUGGGCAUGUUUGCCACUGUUCUCCUGUUUAACUUUGUGAUGUUGGUGGCCAUGACACGAAGAGUCCUUCGCCUAAGUCCGCACACCCGCAAGGAACAGGUCCGGCACUGUGUCACUCUCCUUGGUCUCAGUUGCAUGUUGGGGCUGCCCUGGGUUAUAGGUUUCUUCUCCUGGGGUGAGCUGUUCCUGCCAGUGCAAUAUGUGUUCAGCAUUCUAAACUCCUUGCAAGGCUUCUUCAUUUUUAUCUGGUAUUGGGCUCUCUCUCUGCCUCACUCGAAGAACCCAUCACGUUCCUGUGACAGCACAAGUGGUACACCAUCAUCUCCAAAACCAGAGCAGAACUCAAACAUCAGUGACCAGAAGAAACUCCUUACACUUGAGUCAUGAUAUAAGCAGCUUAGUGGUUUAUUGUACAUUCCUAUAGUUUGCUAGUCACUGAUUUUGAAGGGAGCCAGUUCCUGACAAAUACUGUGAUAGCCUUAUGUGCCCUCCAUUCCAGUAGUUUACAAACUACCUAAUGGGCAAUGGAAAGGCAUUACCAUAACAAAGCUAGCACUUUGAUAUAGCAACGAGUCUUCACAAAAAUGUAUUAGCUCCUGCAGCUAUUGAGUUGAUUAAUGAAACCAGGCAGCUUCUGUACAAUACAAUUAGUAAGAUUGGUCAGCCAAGCACAUCUCAGUCUCCUAUGGACUUUAAAUACUAGAUUGCAAGCACAACAUUCUGAUUACCAGAGCUUUAGAGCACAACAUUCUGAUUACCAGAGCUUUACAGCACAAUAUUCUGAUUACCAGAGCUUUACAGCACAACAUUCUGAUUACCAGAGCUUUAAAGCACAACAUUCUGAUUACCAGAGCUUUAGAGCACAACAUUCUGAUUACCAGAGCUUUACAGCACAACCUUCUGAUUACCAGAGCUUUAGAGCACAACAUUCUGAUUACAAGAGCUUUACAGCACAACAUUCUGAUUACCAGAGCUUUAGAGCACAACAUUCUGAUUACCAGAGCUUUACAGCACAACCUUCUGAUUACCAGAGCUUUAGAGCACAACAUUCUGAUUACCAGAGCUUUAGAGCACAACAUUCUGAUUACCAGAGCUUUAGAGCACAACAUUCUGAUUACAAGAGUUUUAUAGUCUAGUGCUGUCAUCAGUUCUGAUCACGGUAUUCCUGCUGGUCAGUCUACAAGCUUUUCAGUGCCGGUUUCAUAAGGUUAGGUAACAGAAGAUUAAUACAGAUGUAUGCAGACUUUAGUUCUAUAUUUGGCAUGAAGUCACUCUAUAGAUUUGUCUAAAUUCUUAAGAUCCUUGUUACAGAGUGACCACUGUUAAAGGUAGAUAUAUAUUCACCACUUUGCUCAGGUUCCAACUACAGGUAUGAAUCUAGCCAAUCAACUCUCCAAACGUUAUAUAUGCUGAUUGAAUCCUCUUGCAAGGACCUGACCAAGACUCUCAGCCAUCCUCUGGCCACACAGCGACCCCUCUUACAGAUAUCUGACCAGUCAGCAGAUCCUGUUUAUGACUGUAGAUGCAGUCUGGCCCCUCAUUUGAAAAUCUAACCAGUCAAAUAACUCUUCUGGAGCUAUAUCUGCAAACUGACCCGCCUUCAAGGAGCUCACCCAGCUUUAUAACCCUGCUACAGCCAGACUGCCUCCUGCCGGAAUCUGAUAAUACACUCUACCUUCCGAAAGCCAGAAAAAGACCCCUUAUGCAGGCUCUACCAGAGCUACUGUAAAUGACAAUUACCCCCCCCCCCAACUUGGUCUAUAUUCAAACUGCUGUCAUUUUGUUGUGAUUUUGUGUUUCGUUCAUAUUUAUACUUCUAUAGUUGCCUCAAUGUCACUGUUUUUUCAAUACUAUUUGUCUUUAUUUAUUAGAUUAGGUGCAUUAUAAAGGUAAAUUAACGAAACAUUGCUCACCUACUAUACACAAAAAUGAAUAAUGGCCUGCCGUUUAAUAUUUAUUGUCUGAUUACAUGGUACGAAAGACUGGACUACUGAAAUUGUAAUUUAUGAAUGCCAAGUACUACUGAGAUUUAUUAACCAUGUUCAACUUAGAAACAUAGUUCUUUUUUUAAACGUAAGCUUUAUUAUGUGUUGUACCAUGUAUUGUUUUAUCAUAUACACAAAGUACCACAUCCUGCCAAAGCACAUAGUUAUUGCAUAAUAUAUUUUGAAUAUUAGAGCAGCAAAGUGUGAUCAAUAACUUUUUAGGUUUCGCUCCAGCAAGUUACAGGUACCACUGUAACUACUCAGUUGGCCAUGCUUAUCAAUUAAUUAAUAAUAAAUCCUUCACUCCAUAUGGCUACUAACUGUAACAGAUACACAAGUUUUCUUGAAUACCAGCCCAUAUUGAAACACAUAGAUGUUCUCUCACUGCACUUUAAGCAACACAUUACUACUAAUUCUUAAAAUAGAGAUGCCUGAUGUUACUUUUCAUUUUAAAAAUAAGCUAGAGUUGCUAUAGCAACAGAUACCAUCUUGGUAAACCAUUAAAUGUCACAGCACUUCUUUUUCUAAAGUUAUCAUAGUGUCUAACUUUACAAUAACUUUAACCCUUCUAAUUUAUGGUCUCCAAUUCCAGAAACAAUUGUGUGGUAAAUGGGGGGGGGGGGCUGGAAUUAGUGUAAUUCUUCCCACAAUGCCUUUAGAAGUCUAUACUGUAGUUUUAUAUUUAGUCUUUACAGAACUUUGCUGUAAAGAUAUAUUUCUUUAAAGAUGAGUUGUAAAGUACAGUAAUCACCCUUAAUUUGUAUCAAAAUAUAACAUUUACACUGCCAAAAGCUAGGGCUGCCAGCUGUCCCCCACAAAAUUACUGGAGUAACACAAUGACAACUCCUCCCUAGCUCCCACCAUGAAUCAUUUUCUAAACAGUGAUUUUAUUAGCUGUCAGUAGUAGACAAAAUAAUGGUUUCACACUGUCCUCCUCAUUUAUAUCUAAUGCACACAAAGCAGUUAUUCCCACCCCUCAAAAUUGCCAGUUGCACACGGAGCAGUGAUUUCACCCCUGGUGACUACUAGCACGUCACUGAAGAUUUGAUUUCACAUUUUAAGAAGUGACAACAAGAAAUGACACUACACAUACGCAAAAAUGCUAUGACCAGUUCUGAUUCUUUCUGCCAUCUUGUAGAGGUUUGAGACAUAGACAACCUUUAAACAUUUAUUUACAUUAUUUUUUUUAAUUUGUGCAGAUGUUGCUGAACACCUGGCAACCCUGCCAAAGGCCCAUGAGCCUGUAAACAUGUAAUAUAUAUGUUAGAGAUUGGUAAUUUAUCUAAUUUUUAUGUAGUGAAUUAAUAUAUUUGAAUAGAUUGUGCAAUUUUGUAUAUUGGUAUCAUAUAGAGAAUUUAGAUGUAUUUUGUCUGCUUUAAUAAAAUUAAAAUUCAAUU